UUGUUUAGCGUUUCAUGCGGAAGAAACAGCUCUAUCGUCACUUCUUGCAUGCUGACAAUGCUGUUGUAUUGUGUGCAUACUAGAACCUAUUGUAGAGCUUGUACAGACCAUUAUAUAUUCUAUAAAUAGGCGGUUCCUUGCAGGCAUUAUAAAGACUUUAUUUUAGCCAUACCAACAUUGUGUAUUUAUCCUUGUAAAGACGGCAUGUAUUCAAACAAAAUGCGAGUGUGAGAAAUAAAAUGGCAGAAAAAAUAGUUUAUAUUUAGUCAUAAUAACUCUUCAGUUAAUAACAAAGGUUAGACUAUUAUAAAAGCAAAGAGACAGGGAGUUACGGUUAAUCGACAGUCGUUAUAACCACUUUGGUUAUAACACGUUUAUGGACAAAACAGAAGCACAGAACCUUUAAAAAGAAAUGACUAUUAUAACUUACACACUGGUAUAUUAUGUUGAAACGUUUAUACAACAGUCUUAACUUUAUAUUAUUUAUAUUCAGUAAACGUGUGAUAGGCUGGGACGCAGAUAUGAUGAAUUUAACUUUCAACGUUGAUAAAUGCUCGUCCACCAAACAUUGGGAGUUUUUAGUCUUAUUGCCUUUCGGGUUUCUCUCAAUUGCAUUCAACCUUACACUAGUAGUGGCCGCCACUUUUAACCGGCGUAGAUUGCAACGUCAGAGUUACGUAUAUGCUUGCGUCACCAGCACGUUGCUUGGCAACCUGUUAUACGUCAUACUGCACACGUGGAUUAUCUUGGAUAAUUAUUUGACGAAGAUUGAAGAGUCAGGCGGCGACUACACGGUUACAUGGACAAUACUGCAAGUAAGCGUCGCCUCCAUGUUGUUCGUGAUGUGUGGAAACAUCGGAUCUUUGUUAUUCGUUGUAUUGGACAGCACCUACUUCGUGGGGAGGAGUGUCAACAGGAAAGCAUCGGAGUUUGCUAAGGGUUUCAUCUCCGACAUCGAGAGUGUUCGAAGCAGACGAUGGUUACUCAGUGCUAAACGUAGAAGAGCUGUGAUCCUUAUCGCCCUCUCGUGGUUGCUCCCCAUAUGUUUAGUGAUCUCUGCCGCCACCACCUGGAAUUGUUCCAACCAAUGUGUUUACUGUAGAGGUGGUAGCCCUCUGGUGCCACCAUGCGCAAAUCAUACUCACUGUUCCACCGUAUGGCCCCCACUAACGGAAAGUUACAUCGGCGUCAACUUUUUCCUGUGGAUCCUUGAGGUUUUCAUCCUCGGUUAUUUGAUCGUGUGCGGGAUUCGAUCUUUCCAACAAGUGAUGGCCCCGCCUACUCGUACGUCAUCAGUGAUGCCAGUUGUUAAAGAAGAAAACAGUGUUGCCGAGAGCGACAUUGCGGCUCAGGAGGAAUACACCCUUUCUGACGUACACAAUGCCAUGACGUCACUAGGGGAUUCCGACGAAGAGAUAAAAGAAGAAGAAAAGAAAAACGACGAAAAAGAGGAGAAGAAUGACGUCAAGAAAUCAAUGAAGCGUGACCGCCAUGAAAACGGUGGGAAAGAAGUAGAAAUGGCGGUGAAUGACGUAGACCCAAGGAUCGUGAGGAGUCGGCCAUCUUUCCGAUCUCAUUCGAGACUUACAUUCAUGAUAGUUAUCUCACUCACGUUUGUAGUUUGUAGUUUCCCGACUUUCGUUGUAUUCUUGGUAGACACUUUCGCAAAUAUUUCCAACCGUAAGGUGGCGCGUUUAACCACGAUGGUAAUGAUGUAUAUUUACACGUUCAUCUGUCCAUGCCUCCUGCUUAAAUACCUUCCAAACCUAAAGUCAGCUCUAAUAUUAUUGUUUACCAACUGCUCGGUCACAAGAAUCCCAAAACGUCGAAGCAAACGAGAAACAACGGCGAGAUGAAUAAAUGUAACUUAUUUAUGCUCACAUGGCAAUGACAGUCGUUAUAACACGCAUGUUCUGUCUCAUACACCUCAUGCCCGAAAAAAAUCAAAUUAACGCCAAAGUAAAAAUAUUCGUUCACUGUAAAGUUGCAUGAAAUAAGAAAAAAAGUUUUUUCUUCA